AUGUGUUGUGUGCUCCAAAACUGUCUGAAACAUGUCCUUUUCGUUGCAUCGCUCGUAAUACACAUGAUUAUAAUCUGUUGUAUGCUGCAGGACUACAAGCGUAUUCGUCAUGGAACCACCAAUAGAGGCGAUCCCGAUAUUUUUAGGAUGAAACACUAUUUUGAUAUGUGGACACUUCAUAGCAUGUGCGGGACACUGAUGACCAUACUUAAGUUCAAGGACGUCUGCUAUCUGCAGUGGUGGGUGCUCAUGACAUGGAUCUACAUUGUAGCUGGCCUUACUCUUCACUUGCUUCUGCACGACUUCCACGAUGAGUUCUAUGGCAUUCAUGAGAUGGUUCGAAAUUACUUUGCUCUUGGUUACAUGAUUGUUUGCUGCUUGACAGUCACUUUUUCCGCCAGACCAGAGGAAUAGAUAGGGUUUGUACAUAUAUUCAUACUUAAAGAUCCGUGCAGCUCAGGAC